CUCUCUACAAGAGGUUGUCUGGCUUUUGCUGUAAAAGGCAGUCGAAGGUGUGCCAUCAUCGAUGUCAUAUUUCUGAACUCUGUGCUGCAUGUUGCAUCAUCAGCCUCACCGCUUCAGCCACUGGCGGCGCCGAUGAAAAAUCCUUCCCGUUUCUUCUGCUUUAUCUGCAUUUAAUGGUUUGGCAGUAGUGAAGCACAAACGGCUUGGGGUGGCUGGAGGGGAAGAAAAGGAAGUAAAACGAUUGAAGCUUUCCCACCGAAUGCCGCAAUCAUGCGGAAAUGAAAUGAUGGAAUUGCGAGGGUUUUAAAAUAUUCUCUGAAAAUCAGGGUGCGUGAACUGGGAGAGGACUUCGUUUUGCGAGAUCUGUUACUUAGUUUAACCUCUUAUGUGUUUGCUUCUGCAAUCUUUGUUUGGGAAUGAUCUGAUUCCUCCGUCCUUGUCUGCCCGAUUUUCUCAGCUUAUUGUGGAUUGAUUGUGUGCAAUUUUUGUUUUCUGGUUUUUGUUUGAUGUUUUACCCUUUACAGACAUUGGAUUAUUGCGCACGCUUUCUCGGGAGGGUUUGGGGGUUUUUCUUCCAGUGAUUUUCUUUGCGCGCAAGAAAUCCUGUCUCGGAAAUACAAUUAAGUGAAGAACUAGGGCUUUAUGUUCUGUGGUUUGAUUUUGUUCCUAUUUGGUUUCGGAGAUCAAAAUCGAUGGGGAGUUUUGGGGAGGACCCCAACAAGGGCAUUGAUGCGACCGUUGGGGGGUUGGUUUGGGUUCGUCGGAGGAAUGGAUCGUGGUGGCCUGGCCGGAUUGUCGGCCCGGAAGAAUUGCCGGACGGCUGUAUCUCUACACCAAGAGCAGGGACUCCUGUUAAGCUCUUAGGUAGAGAAGAUGCAAGUGUGGACUGGUAUAAUCUCGAGAGAUCAAAAAGGGUGAAGCCCUUUCGCUGUGGGGAGUACAAUGACUGUAUCGAAAAAGCUAAAGCAUCUGCAUCAGUAUCACAUCCUUCUAAGAAAUCAGUUAAAUAUGCUCGAAGAGAAGAAGCCAUUCUUGAGGCACUUGAGUUGGAGCGCAUCCGCCUUGAAAAAGCUUGCCCAAACUUACAGUCACAAGAUGAGGAGCAACAGCAUGCUGAUGAAUCGCCUACUCUCAAAUCAAAUGAAAUGAAUCAAGAUAUUCAUGAGGAUUUGAAUAUCCCCGAAGAGGAUUUAUAUUUGGCGCCAGAAGUCUCUCAAUCUGGUGUUUCAUUCGAGGGGGUUAUCAAUCCAGAUGCAAUUAUGGAAGAGUCUAAGAGAUGGAGAACCCCUAAUGACUCAGAGGACGACGGAAUCAUGGGAGCAAAGCGCAUGAAAGGGCUCGAGGACCUCGGGAUGGGUGUUCUACCAUCACCAAAAAGGAAAAGAUCGCAUGGUGCUGCUAAUGACACCUUGAAGAGGAAAAGUCGACGCCGGACAUUGACCAAAGUUUUGGAGUGUACAGCAAUGGUGCCUGUUCCUGAAAAAAUGCCCUGUCCAACUGAAUCUUCUGUUCCAGGAGCUCCCGAGGGGAAGGUUUCUGGAUUAGACUCUAAUGAAUUUAAGUUAAACAAUUCGGUUGUCGUCAACAACAACUCAGAUAGUACCGGGGUUUCGUGUGAUCAUCCAAUUUCGUUGAACACAUCUAGACAUUCUAGCGAUCCUUCCCUUAAUGAAGAAAAGAACUCCGCAGGUUUGUCGGGUGUCGUAUCUACGGCACCUCAGAAGAUUUCCGUCGGCGCACAAUCGAGCCAAAGCAGUCACGUCGAAACUGCGUCGUUAGGAAAUGAGGAGCACAAUGAGACUGGUUCGACCAGUUCAGGUACUGCUGAUAUUCAUAACAUUGGACCCAUUGUUGUAGAAAAAGGUGCUUCCAAAUGGCAGCUGAAAGGGAAGAGGAAUUCCAGACCAAGGAAAAUCGAUACCGACGAUGACGAAGCCGAGACGGGAGCCAACCCGGAAACCCGCGGCUGGAACUGGAAUGCCCCUCAAAGACAGUCCCGCGCAUUGACAACACCCCAGAGGGUACUCCCCUGUCGCCAGUCCCGUUUCACCGUCAACCCAAAGUUCGACGCCUUUGAUUUCUCGCCGCCAGGACACCGCAUUCCCGCGUCCGGCCUGUACGAUGUCGCGGUGGAGGUGAGGGUCAGCCCGCGAUCGCAGCACGUCCCGUUCAUUUCUCUGAUGAGCAAGUCGUCCGGUCAGGCGAUUAUCGGCCACCCGGUCACCGUCGAAGCAUUGGUCGACGACGAUCCGCUCGUCUUCUCCGAGUGUCACAGCAGCAAUUCCGAGCGUGACUACAAAAACCCGACCGUCAAAGCUACGAAACGGAAGGGCCAUGGAAGGGUUUCGAGGAGCAAGAAGCGCCGCGGAGGCAUCCCGACGACGAAAUCGAGGAGGAACGUGCCGUCGUCGAAGAAGGUUAGGAGGUUGUCUUCGCUGACUAAUCUGCAGAGACAGGUCGAGACGAAGCUGCCGACAAUGGAGAAGAUCGGCGGCCCUUCGGUGGCGUGCGUCCCGUUGAAGGUGGUUUUCAGUCGAAUCAACGCGGCCCUUAACGGGUAAAUGACGGUGACGACGGCGGAGCGUCGGUUUUUGCAGGAUGAGAUUGGUAUAAAUAUGUUCGAUAUUGUAAAAAUUUUGGUUGAAAUCACAGCCGGGAUCAGAAAAUGUGUUGCAUUUUACCUUACAAGAUGUGUAGUGUACAUUUAGAAACAAAAAAAACCUCCGUUGUAUAUGAUCAUAAUAGUAAUAAUGUGACAUUUUAGACCGU